AUGUCGUCCAGUAUCGGUGCCUUGGUGGAUUUCCAGCGCUGCAAACCGAUCACUGACCCACCAGUUGCACUAUCGAAAGAUACUUUCGCUCUUCCAGACCUGCCAACGGCAUUCGAGCUCGACGAGAUCAACAGUCAUCAGCUUCUCAAUGGAACUUCUAUCCCAGCCACGCCUACCGGCGCAUAUACGCCUUCAACACCGAGCGAACUAGAGGAGAGCGGCCCUCUUUCGCCUGACCAAGAUGAAGCUACUGAGGCACUACAGACGCUUUCUUCGCCUCCCAUAAAUAAAUAUCGUGUACUGGCUGCUUGUCUCAUGAACUUUGGCAACGGUCUCAAUGACUCUGCACCAGGAGCUCUGAUUCCUUACAUGGAGAAGGACUACCAUAUCGGCUACGCAAUCGUCUCGCUGAUCUUCGUUGCAAAUGCGAUCGGCUUUUUGUCUGCUGCUCCAUUGACUCACGCUCUGCAGAGCCGCAUCGGGCGCGGAAAGACCUAUGCAAUCUCUCUAAGCAUCUUUUCUACGGGUUUCAUCAUGCUGGUCUGCCAUCCGCCAUUUCCGGUGGUGGUGCUCUCUUUCUUCUUCUUGGGUCUAGGUAUGGCAAUCAAUUUGGCCUUGAGCAAUGUCUUUUGUGCCAACCUAGCCAAGGGAACGACCAUCCUUGGGUUCAUGCACGGUUCAUACGGCAUUGGCGGCACCAUAGGUCCACUCAUGGCCACAGGACUAGUGACCCACGGCAGGUCGUGGUCCACAUUCUACUACAUCAUGCUUGCUGUGGGCCUCAUGAACCUUGCUAUAGCUUUCUUCUCAUUUCGGACAUACGAGAUUGAUUCACCAGUGAGCCAUUCUCUACAACCUACCCAAAGCAACCCUACAGGUACAACGUCCAAAUCGGCCUUACUCUGGCAAGCCGUGCACAAUAGGACCACGAUUUUAGGUGCAUUAUUCAUCUUUGCAUAUCAAGGGGCCGAGGUCAGCAUCUCUGGAUGGGUCAUCUCAUUCCUGAUCUCCUAUCGUCACUCUUCACCUUCUCGGGUCGGUUACGUGACAUCUGGAUUUUGGGGCGGUAUUACCCUUGGAAGGUUUCUUCUUUCACCUUGGGCGCACAAAAUCGGGGAGAAAGCCUCGACGUUCUUUCUCAUUGGGGGGGCUGCUGCCUUUCAGCUGCUUGUCUGGCUUGUUCCGAACGUGAUCGGCGAAGCUGUCGCAGUGUCAAUUGUUGGCUUGUUGCUGGGACCAGUGUACCCAUGUGCCACGGCUGUUUUUAGUAGACUUAUUCCGCGCAGACUGCAAAUGAGCAGUCUUGCUUUUGUGUCGGCGCUGGGAAGCAGUGGUGGAGCGGUGGCGCCAUUUUUUACAGGUUUACUGGCUCAGUCUUCAGGGACGUGGGUGCUACAUCCAAUCUGCAUUGGUUUAUUUUUGACCAUGUUAUUCAUGUGGCUGGCAUUGCCUCGCCAGAGUAAAAGAAGAGAUUGA